AUGGACAGCUGCGCCGUCGAUACCCGCGUCAAACGCAGAUCGAGCUGCGAUGUCGCGGAAACCCCGGCCUUGACACCGCCAAGCUCGACCAUUAGAAAACCAGGAACACCAGUGAAACGCACCAAGAAGUCACACCCACUUUCUCCUGCACUUUCGUCGCCAAUCAGGCCGCAAAAGACGCGGAAAUUGUCGCAGAAGCCAGAAACCCAUUUGAUCACCACCAGAUCUUCCAAUUCACAGACUUUAGAGGAGCUGAUAGAGACCUUCACUGACGAAAAACGGCUUGCGCUGCUCCAAGAUUCUCAAAAAAAGCCACCAUUUUCUUACGCAAUGCUCAUUGGGUUGGCCAUCUUGCAGUCUGAGGAAGUGAGAUUGACAUUAUCCCAGAUCUACCAAUGGAUCACGCACCAUUUUCCUUUCUACAAGCUGUCUGACUAUGGCUGGCAAAACAGUAUUCGUCACAAUUUGUCACUUAAUGAAGCAUUUGUGAAAGGUGACAAAUCUUCUGACGGCAAAGGUCACUACUGGCAAGUUAAAUCGGGCUGUGAAGGCAAAUUCUUUAAAAGCGGACAAUCAGACGAAGAGACCAGACGCAAACUCUCUCAACUUUGUUUGAAUGUCUUGGCCAUAACAGCUGUUGCCCAAGAGAAUGCGCCCGUGACAGCAUCGCUGGCAUGUGAAUUGUUUACCCACUCAGGAACGCAAGAAGAAAAACGCAACUCGAAGAAGAAAAAGUUGGAAGAGCCCUGUGAGCUAGAUAUUUCUACCGAUGAAGACAGUGACCGCGACGACAAUGACGACAACGAUGAAAGCUUGCACUACCCUGGGCUGAACGCUCCUUCCUCGCCAUCUCCCUUCGAUACAAAUCGCGUUUCCGACGACCAGGAUGCGUUCAUAGAUGGUCCGAUAGUGGAGUUUCCAGGCACUGAGCCGUUUUCAAAACACAAGAUUGAUCCAGAUUAUCCUUGGCGCGAAGCUAGCAUUAACUUCACGCCACGUCGGGAAACUAAAAAAUAUUCCUGUUCUUUCAACACUAGUUUCGACGGCUCACCUCAUGUGAAAACCCCCAAAAUGAUUUCGUCACCUUGGGGCAAGUUCGGCUCCCCUGAGCCUCAACAAAUGACGUCGAGACCCAUGACAGGGUCAUUGGACUUGCUGAAGACGCCGCAGGUCAGCAAUCCGCCAGCAAGCACCACAGACACGCCACGCGACAUCCAUUCCAUGCGAAAAUGGCGUACACCUUCGGCAAUGGUUGACGACUUUGCACGGUCUCCGGUCUUAAUCACCACUUCGUCACGUACACCUAUGUUGCUGGGGGACCACGGAGCCGCGAAUGAUGGCAUUGCAGACCGAGGUGCACCAUUGAGCGCAGAGUCUAACUCUUUCUUCGAAAACAUCCGCUACAGCUCGGGCUUGUUUGGCGUCGACGUGUGCUCGGUCUGGAAAAGAGCCGUAGAGAGUGCACACGACACGACGACCGCGCAGGCUGCUGGUCCACAUAACAAGCUCGACACACCGUUCAGAGCUUUCCACGAUUAA